CUUUCCUUUGCAUUCAACCUUUAUCCCCAUCUCGUACAGAGACAAAAAAACAGAGGGGGAAGGGAAACCACAAAACAAAAACAUCAUUCUAAUAAGUUCUCAUCAGAUCUUAUUACAAUGAUGAUAGCUCAGUUGCAUAGUAUGAUUGCAACAAUAAUAAUUGUUGUUGUUGUUGCAAAGAUAAAUGUGGGAGUGAAUUCAGCUCCAGAAGCUGAUAAGGUAACCAAUUUGCCAGGGCAACCACCAGUGAAGUUCCAGCAAUAUGCUGGUUACAUUACUGUGGAUGAGAAGCAACAAAGAUCUUUGUUUUACUACUUUGUUGAAGCACAAGUUGAACCUGCUUCCAAGCCAUUGGUUCUAUGGUUAAAUGGAGGGCCUGGCUGUUCUUCUGUUGGAGCCGGAGCUUUCGUCGAGCAUGGUCCAUUUAAACCAAGCGAAAAUGUUCUUCUCAAGAAUGAUUAUAGUUGGAACCAAGAGGCAAAUAUGCUGUACUUGGAAUCACCGGCUGGUGUUGGUUUCUCCUACUCUGCCAAUAAAUCUUUCUAUGAAUAUGUUAAUGAUGAAAUGACAGCAAGGGAUAAUCUUGUAUUCUUACAGAAUUGGUUCACCAAAUACCCAGAGUACAAAAACAGUGACUUCUUUAUUACAGGGGAGAGUUAUGCAGGUCACUAUGUACCACAACUUGCACAACUCAUUGUUCAAAGCAAGACAAAGUUCAAUUUCAAGGGUAUAGCAAUAGGAAACCCUCUUAUGGAAUUCAACACAGAUUUCAAUUCAAGGGCAGAGUAUUUCUGGUCCCAUGGACUAAUAUCUGAUUCAACUUAUGAAAUGUUCACUAAAGUCUGUAACUACUCCCAAAUUAGGAGACAACUUCAAAGUGGAACAUUAAAUGGGGUUUGCGCAGCCGUAAAUAAAAUAGUGUCCACAGAAGUUGGGAGAUAUGUUGAUGCAUAUGAUAUCACUCUUGAUGUGUGCCUAUCAGCAGCAGAUCAACAAGCUUAUGUGCUCAAUCAACUUAGCCAACUGCAAGAGGGAGAGAAGAUUGAUGUGUGUGUGGAAGAUGAAACAAUCACAUAUUUGAAUAAAAAAGAUGUGCAACAAGCUUUCCAUGCUAAGCUUGAAGGGAUCACUAGAUGGUCAACUUGCAGCGACGUUCUCAAAUAUGACAUGCAGAAUCUAGAGGUUCCAACCAUUUCUAUCCUAGGAACACUUGUUAAGUCUGGUAUUAGAGUUCUAGUAUACAGUGGUGAUCAAGAUUCAGUUCUGCCAUUAACUGGAACAAGAACGCUUGUGAAUGGGUUGGCUAAGGAGUUAGGACUUAAUACAACAGAGUCUUAUAGAGCAUGGUUUGGAGGAAGACAGGUAGCUGGAUGGACACAAGUAUAUGGUGACAUGUUAUCGUUUGCUACUAUAAGAGGAGCAUCUCAUGAAGCUCCUUUUUCACAGCCAGAGAGAUCACUUGUGCUGCUGAAAGCAUUUGUUGAAGGAAAAUCUCUUCCAGGAAUAAUCUCUCUAACGUGACUAUCUAAGUAACAGUUGCACCCGCCACACCCAAACAAAAACACAACAGAGAAAAAAAAAUUGAAAGAAAGAAAGGAAACUGAUAAUAUCACCUGAAGCUUCCAUUGUCCUUUACUUUCUGCAAAUUGCAUGUUACCAACCAGAAGUGAUUUUCUCGCAUUGGUAUUGUUGGUCACCCAAAAAAAUUUAAGUGUGUUUAUCAAAGAAUAUGUUUGUCCUACCAGAACAGCUGAAUGUGGUUAUGAAUUAUGAUAUAUGUUCAAGGGGCCGGUUAUGUCAGUUAAGCAAAAAAUAUUGUUUCCCUAAGUGAGUAGUUUUGAUGGGUGGUUGUGUAUGACCGUAUCUUUAAUGAUUUUGUCUCUGCAAAUAAACACCACACAUGUACUACUGUGUCCAUGUCUUGAUGGACAUAUACACCAAAAUAAACGCUGCCUUACAUACACUCAUUUAAAUAUCAUUCACACUCC